UAGAUCGAACAUUCAUUCCAAAAGUUUGCAGCAGCGAAGAAAGAUCCAUUGUGGUUUUGUUUGAUUCUUUUGCAGAAAAUGUGAUUCAACUGUGCCAAAACGUGCUUAUUGAGAAAUUAAAUCGACCAGUAUUCAACGGAAUUAGUCAAAAUGUGUCAAACCAAAUCUUAUUUUAUAGUAAUUGCGCACAUUUUAUUAGUAUUAAGUGUAACGUCUAUUGCUGAGAAGCGCGAAAUGCAGGAAGCAUUUUGCCCCAAAAUGUGUACCUGUGAUACAAUCGAAGGACUGAAACGUGCUGAUUGCAGCCAUGAAAACCUUAUCAACACAUACACCGAUGUACCGACUGGAGUGGAAAUAUUGGAUUUAAGUAUAAAUAUGAUAUCGACAAUCGAUGAUGACAGUUUCGAGGCUUACGUCAAUCUGGUGAAAUUAUUCUUAUCGGAGAACUCAAUCGACCACAUAUCGUUGAACGCCUUUUCAACCUUGGCCAACCUGGAAAGUUUGGAUCUGUCCCACAACCGGCUGCAGAUGUUGCACGCAAAUCUAUUCGAACACAACGAAAAACUCACCGAUCUGAACCUUUCGAAUAAUAACUUUAUGAACCUUCAAAGCCGACCCUUCCUUAGUAGUUCCUCAAUUAUGUACCUCGACAUCAGCCAUUGCAAGAUACCGCAGCUGUACAACAACAUGUUUGUGCAGCUGCCGAACCUGAGGACCCUGGAUCUGGGCGCAAAUCUUAUGAUCACUCUGGAGAAGGAACCAUUCGUUAAGCUGCGGAAAAUGCAUACUAUCAGCCUGACUGAGAACCAGUGGCAGUGCGAUAGUAUGUCGGUGCGAGCGACCGUCAAUUGGAUGAAAAAGAAAAUGAGCACAAUCAAUAUUGAAAAUUGCUUUAUAAAUCCUUACACAAAAAAGCCAAGGUUCGAAAAAAUGGAACUUGAUCCCAAUGGGCCGGGAUCGGCUACCCGCAAGGAUGUACCGAUAGAACAAGUUUGGCCUGGACAGGAAAAAGCGAACAAUUUUUCCUCACUGAAAUCGAAAAUUUGCGCUCCCGAUCAUGUCGACAAUCGUGAACAGUGCGAAUUCAUCAUCGAUUUGUACCAGGCAUACAUCAAUCAACAACCGGCUAGUAAUAAAAAAACCACCUACUUUUUCGGGAGCAAUCUAGGCCUUAUUUUGCUUCUGUGUGGAUUGCUCAUUGGUGUUCUAUUCGGAUCUUUUACCACGUAUUCAGCAAUGUAUUUGUAUCAGAAAUGCCGAAAUGCAACUAACGGAAACGAGCCAAGCGAAAAAUCAGAGCGACAAUUGAGACGAGAGCUAAGGAAUCGUAAGCGUUUUGAACACACUCGUUUGAACGAAUCUCCAGAUCCAACUGCAAAUCGUCAAACUGUGAGUCACCUUUCUUCGCGAGAACAAUCCCAAAUUUACCGAAAUCACGAACACACGAGACAAUUUUUGGUUGACCUGUUCUCCAAGCGUCAACCUCGGUACGUCCGCAGCAACUCUCAGCUAGCCAAUCUGAACAACCGUCACAUUCCCCCCUCGCCGAUACGCGCCGAACUACGCACCCCACAAAGUGCCUCCCCAGCAGCAGCAUCCAGUUCCAGCUUCAUCUGGGAAACAACCCGACAGAAUCAGGACAACCAAGAACGGGAACGGAUGCUCGAACGGAGCAGUAGUCGAGAAUCUUCCUCGAUGUCGGUCUGGAAUAACCUGUACGGAAUCGACGAAGUAAGGCGAUCGGUUAACGGAACACCCACGACUGAUCCUUACGAAGUUUUGCCUAUCGUGGCAGAUAGUGGUACUCCCAUAGUGAUUCAUCGAGAAACACCUCCUCCACCAUACGUGGAUUGCACCGUUCGUUUGAGCCAACGAUAAUUUGACUGAUAUUCUGUGCUGCGAACAAUUAUUUAUUUUUUAGAAUAAUUUGAAAGAAAAAGGA